AGGAAACUAAACAACCUUUGGUGCAAGAGCACGACAGGAAAGAAACUCAGACGCCAGGGGUGCACCGGGAAACGCCAAAUUGGCCACAGUACCAAUGGGGAGGGAACGGACAAUCAUCGUUCGGUAUGCCGUUCCCAAUGACUGAUGGGAGCGGAUGGCCAGGUUUUGGGUUCGUCUACCCAAUGGGAGGAAACCCCUUCAGGGGAGCUCCCUUUAUGCAGAACGAACAAGCGGGGUACACUAGGGGUCCAUAUCGGAACCAGCAGAAUAGGAACCCUAGAUGGGGCUAUGACCAACAGAACAAUGGAAGGCGUUGGGGCCAGAACAAUCGCCAAGAGCAAUUAGCGAUCCAGGUACCACAAGACGCAGGGAGAAGUGGACAGUCGAGGAUGUCUAGAAUGACAAAUAACACAGGGCAGUCAUAUAACUCCAAUAAUUCCAGACAGUCGUAUGCAGCACAGCAGACGCCUAGUACUUCAACUAGAGUUAGCGGACAAGCAGCUGCAGUUGGUCAGCUACACAAUAUUCAGGAAGAGGACGGAAAUUUUCUCCAGACAGCCUCGAACAAAGCACAGGGUACUUAGGAGGAAAGAAGAAUCAGUCGACCCUACCCUAUAUAGUGGUUAGGCUAGCAGCAGACAAAAAUAUUAAAAUGCUUAUAGACACAGGAUCCACAUUUUCUUUCAUAAGACCGGAAUUAAUACCCGCAGAACACAUUAGUAGAUUAAAAGAAACAAUAAAAAUAAAAACAAUCGUACGAUCCCACGAAGUUCAGAAGGAGACAGUCUUAGCCAUGUUCAGAGAACUGGGAGGAGUAGGAGAGAUGAGACUGCUCCUCUUUAAGUUUCAUCAGUUUUUCGAUGGACUGGUAGGAAUAGACAUACUACAACAAAUAGGAUCAGUAAUCGAUGUAGACAAACGACAACUGCGUACAGCGACAACAGAAACACAGAUAUGGCAGACGCAAUGCAGAGCAACGGAGGUAUAUACGAUAGAAGCGGGCACAAAAAGGGUUAUACAGGUGCCGGUACAGUUACAGGAUGGGGAGUUCUUAAUUAACAAAACGAAAAUAAAACCUAAUAUGGAAAUAUCAGAAGGCCUGUAUAAGGCAACAGCAGGACAGAGUCUGGUAGAGAUAACCAACUAUUCGGAAGAGGACCAGGAAUUGUUUCUAGAGGAACCACUAGUGGUUUCAGAACUCAAAGCUCAAGAGCAUAUAGAAAUAAAUAACAUAGAAAGCAGAACAGAUAUAGGGAAUAAAGGAAUUCCGUUUCAUAAGAUAAGAACAGAUCAUUUGAAUGAGGAAGAAAUCACUGAAUUAAAAAGACUAUGUAAAAAAUACCCAUCGGCAUUUUAUAUGGAGGGAGAGGACUUGUCGUUCACAAACGUCGUCAAACAUCAGAUGGGUUGCAGUGAUGGAGACGAAAGGAACGUUUGAAAUCAGAGAGUUUAAAGAGGAUGAGCCUAUCGCGCAAAUCACAUUAGGACCAGCCAGGGUAAUACAAACAUAUAAAACCUUCAUACACAUAGUCCGACUAGAGGAAUAUGUAAAGAGCGUUGGCCAUUUGGAGCAAACGCUCAGGACUAUACAAGAAGUACGAAUUUUUAGAGCUAAAGGCCAUAAUGAAUGGUACCGACAUAAUAUUUUCAAUAAGCCUACCAAUUUUUAAGAAAGAAAUGUAUUUACUGAAAAGAAUACUAUCAUUACCCAUAAAUAAGACAGAAUUUGUAAUAGCACCUAAUUUUGUAGCUCAUAACAACAACAAAAUGUAUUAUUAUAAGAACAAAUGCCAACAAAUAAGGAAACUUUAUACAUGUAGAAACGAUAAGAUUGCAAAGAGAAUCAACGAAGGUUGUCUGAGAAGUCUGAUGAAUGGAGAGGCAACGGAGUGUGAGACAAAAGAUAUAGGAUUCCGCAGAGAAAUUUUCGAACCGGAAAAAGGAUAUAUCGCAAUUUUCAAUGGCGAGAAAGUGAAGAUACAAACGGAUUGUGGACCAGAAGAAAUAUUCAGCGGGUCAGCAAUCAUCAUUUUCAACGAUUGCGGAACAGUAGUUAACAACAUCCAAUACGAGUCAGUAGAGCAGCUAGAAGUGGGACACAUGAAACUUGAGAUUCCACAGAUAAUGUCUUUGAAGAAAAACCGAACAACUCAAGAAUUGGGGGUCCACGAACUCAAGAUGGAGGACAUCAAAACUAACUUGGAAAUCGGAAGAAUGCGAACCGAAAUGGUGAUACAGGCUACAACAACGUAUGCAGCUCUCGGAGUACUACUGGUGGGUGCGAUAUGCACCGUUUUUUUUUCAAAAAGGACGACCAUUUACGCAACAACUACUUCGAACCCCACGUCCACACCAUCGCACACCUUCGCACCAACCAUUCCUCCGUUAUGGUCGGUAGCUCAGACUGAGGGGGGAGGAGUUACCACCUCAGCACCUACCCUCACCCUCGCCCCGCCGAAACCACUUCGGCUAGUAUAGCAGGCCCUAACGUCAACAACGUCGACUCUGCAACAAAGUUGCACCGGCUCAACUUACACAAACAAAUAUCAGACCUCAGCAACCAAACAUCCGUUCCGAUUGAGGAAUGGAGAGUAAGCAGAUUCUCUGCCGGCCAAAAGAGCAAGGCCAGCAAAUUGUAAUUAAGUUG